AUGGGUGGUUAAUAAGUAUUCUAAAGUAGGAGCAACAGAACAUUGUAAGGAGGAAUAAGAGUAAUUAAAAUGGAGUUUCAAACAUUGGCACGCUUACAAACUGGUUUCAACGAGUCACAAUUUUGGAAGGCUAUGGACAUUUGGCAUCAUAAUCCACAAGUUGCUAAUCGUAGACUAUUAGCAUGCAUAGAAGUGUUAAGCAUCAAAUUGAACCAUGACUUGACUCACAUUUUUCAAAGUAUCUGUACCUUGGAAUGUUCCCAUUUAAACGCGACACUGAACAAUGACAUUAUUGACAAGAAAAAGUUAUUGAACAUGUUACACAUCUCAAACAAGGUUUCCGCUACAACAUCUGAGAGUAAGAUUCUUUUGUACAUAACAAAGCAAUUGCCUCGCAUACCAAACAUAUUUUCUUCUGGAAUUGAAUUUUCAUUGUUGGAAAAGCAAGAAAAUCGGGUGAUAAAUAUCCAUAAGUCCUUUUCUAUGGAGAAACGGUCCCUUGGCCCUGAAAUGGCAUAUAUGAUACAGCUCGAAAGAGAUGGUUAUACCUCUAUAAGCGUAUAUCAGUCGACAAACACUGUACGCGAUCCCAGCAUAGAUUGGUUAGAGAAAAAGCUGUUUCCAUGUAUGUUAAAGUGGAUGAGAAAUGAACCAAGAACCACGACAGUGUACCCGUCGUCAUUGAGUUUUGUGUCUGCUGAAAAAUAUGCAAAAUUGUAUUGGGAACUGAAGGAAAAAUAUAGCAGAAAAUUAAUAAAGAUCUGGCCCGAAAAUACAGACCCGAUGAAAUUUGUUUACGAAGACAUUGCAAUUGCUACUUAUCUCUUGCUACUGUGGGAGAAAGAAAGAGUAGAAAGAGGAAUUAAGGAUCUACAGUCGUUUUUAGAUUUGGGCUGUGGCAAUGGUUUACUCGUGCACAUUUUAUUCAGCGAAGGUCAUCGCGGGUUAGGAAUUGAUUUGCGCAGAAGAAAAGUUUGGGACUCCUAUCCACCUGAAACGCCGCUUCAAGUUUCCACGAUCGUUCCUUCUUCUACGACUGUGUAUCCAGGCUUCGAUUGGAUUAUAGGAAAUCAUUCGGACGAAUUGACACCGUGGAUUCCAGUAAUAGCUGCACGUAGUUCCGACGGUUGUCGUUUUUUCUUGUUACCCUGUUGUUCGUAUGAACUCGACGGUACCAAGUAUCAAAGACACUGUGCUUCGAAAAGUCAGUACUCUGAAUACAUUGAUUACAUAAGAAGCGUAUGUGACAUAUGCGGGUUCAGAACGUAUAUUGACAAACUAAGGAUCCCAUCCACAAAACGGAUCUGUUUAAUCGGAUGGGAAAGAACAGUCGGCGAUGCUGGAACAACAGAAUAUCGUAUUCAAGAGAUGAUAAGCGCAAAAACAAUGCUGAUUCGUCGGGGAAGCAAAACGCAUGAAGAAGCGGUGAAUAUCGGCGAAUGGGUUUGCAAUUUUAAACCGAGAGACACGGUGGAGAAAGUGCGAAAUUGUACGCAACUGGAAAAAACGUUGAUCGUGGAUAUUGUUAAGAUCGUUGCAAACCAGUUGCUGCACAAUGGUCGUAUGAUAUCGCUCGAAGGAUCACCUGAAGAGAUUUGGAACGCUGGUCGGUGUCUUGACUUGCGACAACUCGCCGAAUCGAUUCCAAGAGACGUCCUGAUACGUUUACGUAAAGAAUGCGGAGGUCUUCAAACGUUACUAAAAAAUCACAGACAUGUGUUCCGGGUUGGGGAUGGAAAAGUCGAGUUUCGAAUACCAGGAAAGGAGGAAGUGAAUGGAAAAUUAAGGAAAAAGAAAGCGUCGUCGUUAAGAAAAAAGAUCAAGCCCUGUUGGUUUCAUGAAAAUCAUCCUAAUGGGUGUCCAACAACGGAAACGAUAUGCAAUUAUAAACAUUAAUGGUUAGAUUAGCGAAAAAUACUUUCGAUCUCAAAGGGAUAUCGUACGAUAUAAAUCUAUUUUUAUUUUUAUACAAACACCAACGGGUAUGUUCUGUGCAUUGAAAACGGUGAAUUGUAUUACUCGCAAGUAUGUAAACGAGUCGAUGACUUGUUGUUACUUUACAUGUAAAUAA